UAUUCGAAAACUAAAUUUAUUUUUCGUUAACGAUAUUUUUAUAAAUAAUUAUUUUAAAACUUGGUUUUAGUUAAACUUUUCUAUUCCAAUUAGUUUCCUAAAAAUAGAGAACAAUUUUCAGAAAUCUUGCCUAACUAAGUGAAAUGACCAAAAUGCCCCUAAGGAACAAAUUGGCAUCUUUCCUUCUCUUUCCUUGCUAUUCACGUACAAACAACAACAAGAAUGAAGGAAUUCCUUCAUUCCUUUCUACCCACAAUUCAGACUACAUUCAUGCCUUGAUUCCCAAGGAUUUCACUCAACUCAACACUAUAAAUAAGCCACAAAUUGUCACCAUUUUUCCAACCAAAAAUCCAAAAUCAAAAACCAAUUUCACUCUCUUUUCUUUCCUGAUUCGAAAACACCACCGUGAAAACCACCGCCUGCCACCACCAUAGCCACCACUGCCCAGCACCAUCACCCCAACCACCUAGCGUCACUCGACCACCGUUCACCACCAAGCAUCACCACCCGUAGCCUCGCCUCCCCCCCCCCCCCCCCUCCUUCAUCUCCCCUGCUUCUCGCCCUAACCCCGAACAAACCGCAGUCGCAUCACCCACUCACUGUCACCACCACCACCAGCCGAGUCCACCACCACCCUUGACCUCGCCGGAAAAUAUUGUAGCUUUCCCCAACCACCUACGACGCCACCCCUCAACUCCCCUGUUUUUACCCUGUUCAUGCCCAUUUCUUCCUUUCUCUCGCAGUUUUGCCGCCACCAACAACCACCACCAUCACCGUCUCACCUUCGAUGCUACGCCGAACCACCGAGCCCAUCCCAGCCGCCACUUCCGUCCUCCCUCCUCUUCGUGCUUUGCUCCUCCGUGCUCCCUCCCCCUCUGUUCGUACCUCUCAUUCCAAAAAAAAAAAAAGGAGAGAAUCAGUUCAAUUGAAACCUGAUUCAUUUUCCUCCAACCCAAAUUUAAGUUGGGCCAACUUAACCAUUUGGGCUUUGGAAUUGGACUCGGAGCUCAGGACGAACGACCAAGGAAAAAGGCCUGUCAAAUCGUGGAAUUGAGAAUGUCAACUAUCGAGGUGACUAACGAUAUUAACGAGGGAGCUCGCAACGAUCACAACGUCCAUGUCAACGAUGACACUAUCUACGAGGAUGUCGCCCAUGAUGAUCCCUAUGACGAUCAACCUAUCGAAGAUCACAAAGAAAGGAUGGAACGAUUAGAAACCGUUAGCACGAUGUUAGCUGAAUUAAUCAAAGAUUCUCAGAAAAAGAAAUCGACGAAUGCGAACGAAAAUGCGUCAAUGUUCAAGAAGUUUUCAUCCCUGAACCCACCAUCUUAUGAUGGCAAGCCCGACCCUGUAGAAUUCGAGGAUUGGAUUAACCGCAUAGAUCAGUUGUUUGAAACCUUGCAAUGUCCUAAGGAAUGGAGAGUCGAUUUCGCCGUGUUUUACUUAACGGGUCAAGCAAGUUUAUGGUGGAAAGUUAAUAAGGAAAGGAAGAAUGAGCCUAGAUUUGGUUGGACCGAACUGCAAAAGUUACUGAGAGAUAAGUUUUAUCCACCAUCUUUGAGGAAACAAAAGGAAGACGAGUUUCUACACUUGCAACAAGGAACAAUGAGUGUUAUGGAAUAUGCAAACAAGUUCAUGGAAUUGUCAAGAUUUGCACCGGAGCUGGUAUCGACAGAACAAUCUAGGAUGAACCGUUUUGAGCGAGGUCUUCAUUUGAAAUACCAAGAUAGGUUGGCAACUCAAAGGUUUACUUCCUAUCAAGAUAUGGUUGAUAUCGCAGUUAAUGUUGAACGAGUUGUACUACUCCGAGAAGCACAAAAUGCUGGUGACAAAAGGAAGAAUGAUAAUCAAAAUCAUGGAGGAGCUAAAAGGCCAAACCAAGGAAACCAUAAUUAUAGAAGAGACCAAGGUCAUAAUGAUAGAGCAGCUCGUAGUAUAUGGUGUGCUAAGUGUGGAAAGAGAAACCAUACUGAAAGUGAAUGUCGUGCAGGAACGAAGACGUGUUAUCGAUGUGGAGGAAAAGAUCAUUUUGUCAGAGACUGCCCUAAACCACCUCCCACAGAUACUGGAAGAGCAACCUCGACCAAUCAUGAACGAAACAACAACAAUGCUAGGGUUAAUCAUGAUCCACCACGACCACCAAUAUCUGGAAAAGCUUACAUGAUGAGAGCUGACAAGGAAGAAGAAGAUGACGUCAACGCUGAUACCAUUUCAAUUUAGUUCUUAUGUACGUUUGAACCUAAGUUUCCUGUUUUAGAUUUGAAUCAUGUCAUAGAUAUUUUGUCAAGGACAUGUUAUGAAAUGUUUAAGGAUCAUUAAUGUCCUCAAGGAAGUUUAUGAAAGAAUUAAUAAAAGCAUGAUUUUGUGGAUAUGAAUUAUUUUAAGGAACUUCUAUGUUUAUGAAUUAUUUAAGGUUGAUUUUUAGAGUACCGAAAGAGCAUGAGUUUGUAUUUAAGGAUGAAUGAUAGAGUACAAGAAGAGUGUGAGUUUGUAAAAGAUGAAUCAUCACUUAAUAUUCAGGGUUCAAAGCGUUUAAGUUAUGGUUAAGGUUGAUUUUAUGGGUUAUUUUCCCCGCACCUUUCAUAAUGAUUGUUUUGUGGUUAUAAGCACCUAAGUAUAUUUCCAGAUAUGUUAAGGAAGCUAAGCUAGAAAUCUUAAAAAAAAAAAAAAAAAAAAAAAAAAAA